UGGAUGAAGAAUGGAAUAAUGCAUUCGCAUCGAAAUGCGAUAGACCUGCAAAAACAUUCAGUCCUGUGUAAAGAGGAGCAUCUUUCUUCUGUCGGGCUGAAUCUGGAUUUUUACGAGCGCUUGAUGGAUUAUUGACAGAGCUCUGGCUGGACAGAUGUGGCAUGAAUUGUCUACAAGACGACAAAGAGAUCACCUUUCCUCAUGAUGCCAGGGAUCAGGGCUUUCCUAAUGAAAUGGUGCUUCAUGCGCUGGGCAUGGAUUUGUUUGGCUGCAUGUGAUGGAAAGGUGGAACUGCGCACUGAGAGGAGGGGGGUGAUAUACAGUCCAUCAUGGCCUCACAACUACCCUGCUGGAGUAAACUGCUCCUGGAACAUCCAGGGGAACCGUGGAGAGGUCAUCACUAUAAGCUUCCACAGCUUUGACGUAGAAGAGUCGGAAGGAUGCCGGAGUGACUGGUUGCUGCUCAGUCCCACGUUAAAGGAGGAGUAUCGUGUCUGCGGCUCGUCCAUUCCUCGUCCCUUCAUCUUCCCCAGGGGGGGCGUGUGGCUCCAUUUUCACUCUCAUGCCAACAGCUCGGGUCUGGCGCAGGGCUUUCGGCUUUCCUACGUACGAAGUCGCUUGGGUGAAAGCAGCUGUGAAAGCGACGAGUACCUGUGCGGUAACGGCAAGUGCGUACCACGCUCCUGGAGAUGCAACGGCCUAGACGAAUGCGGAGACAGCACUGACGAGAGGAGUUGUGCCCCGCCGCCGACACCCGCCCGUGUCAGCCUGUGCCCGCCAGGCACCCUGCAGUGCACUCAUGACCAGUCUACACGCUGUCUGCCCUUUGCGCUCCGCUGUAACGGGGUGCCAGACUGCCCGGACGGAUCCGACGAAGCCCAGUGCCCCGACAUGGUGUGUGGAAAACGCAUGGCGAACUUCUACGGCAUGUUCGCUUCACCCGAUUUCUUCCACCCGAACCGGAGCGCCGGGACAGAUCUGUACUGUACCUGGUUCCUGGACACUCAGGACCCGAAGCCUCUGACGCUACGCUUGGACCUGCAGUUAGGAGCAGGCGACUCGGUACGUGUGUACGAUGGUUUAGGGGAGAGCGCCGAGCGCCUGCUGCAGAGUCUCACGCACCACAAUAACCAGCGUCCGGCCGUGCUGGAGUCCUCGCAGGGCCGGAUGAGCGUGCUCUACCAUGCCAAGCCACACAGCCAAGGGCAUGGCUUUAACGCUUCAUACCAGGUCAAGGGUUACUGUUUCCCAGGCGAGAUCCCGUGCGGUCCGGACGAGGGCUGUUACUCCCAGCAUCAGCGAUGCGACGGGUACUGGCACUGCCCGGGCGGCCGAGACGAAGAAGGCUGUGCGCUGUGCCCGCCGGGUGAGUACCCGUGCCAGGGUACCAGGGGCGUCUGCUACACAGCUUCGGAGCGCUGCGACAACCAGAAGCAGUGCCCGGACGGCUCGGAUGAGAAGAACUGCUUCUCCUGCCAACCGGGAACCUUCCAUUGCUCGACGAACCUGUGCAUCCUGGAGACGUGGCGCUGCGACGGGCAGGAGGACUGUGCGGACGGCAGCGACGAGCACGAGUGUGAGGCCGCCGUGCCACGCAGGGUGAUCACAGCCGCCCUGAUCGGCAGCCUGGCAUGUGGGUUGCUGCUCGUCAUCGCCCUCAGUUGUGCUUUUAAACUCUACUCACUUCGAACGAGGGAGUAUCGAGCUUUUGAAACCCAGAUGACCCAACUGGAGGCAGAUUUUGUUCAACGAGAGGCUCCGCCCUCAUAUGGUCAGCUGAUUGCUCAGGGUCUCAUCCCACCGGUGGAGGAUUUUCCUGUUUACAAUCCUACUCAGGCAUCCGUCUUGCACAGUCUCCGUUCUGCCAUGCGGAGGCAGAUGCGGCGCCACUCUGCCCGCCGAACGGCGUCUCGGCGCAGACUGGGUCGUCUCUGGAGCCGCCUGUUUCAUCGCGGGAGCCGCCUACGGAGUCAGAUCCUUCUCCUCACGCCACCCGAGCAGACACACAACCAUACUCACACACACGGGAACGCACACGUCGACUCUCACACACAGCCGCUGCUGCCCGGACGUAACGGCUACCGUGCUGUUGACAGCCAAGCGGGUGAAGAAUGGGCGGACCUGCAGGCGCACGCCGAGGCCCUGUGCUUACCUGACAGCGGGUCGCCCUCAUCACCAAGUUCACCUGUCUUACCACACUCCUCGGUCACUAUUCUGGAGGACGAAGACGAGCCCAAUGACGAGGAUGGCAGGUCGCCAUGGGCCGAUCCAGCUUCAUCUCCUAGGCAAAUCGCUCUAAGCAGACGCUCACGCUUGGCGUCUAGGAAAGCCGUGCAAGGACUGGCACUAGAGCUGGGAGCUAUGCCAGUCACACACUAUACCUCACUGACCAUCUCUCCUCGCUCCUCAUCGGAGUCGCUGACAUCGUCCAGCAGCCAGAACGAGGAGGAUCUAAGCUCGCCAACACACACAGACUCUCACGCACAAGCCCCCCGUUUUAAAGACUCGUUUUCUGACUUCGCAGGUAGGAACAAAUCCGCAGAGCUAAGCAGAGACACGAGCAGUGAAGAAGAUGAGGAUAAUAUUCUAGUUUUUUAAGAAGAUUUCAUACAAAUUUGACAGGAACCUGUGAAAUGCUGCUGAGAUACUGUAUGUACAAGGCUGGAGUGUAAAGAAUGUGAAAAAUACCCUACACUGAUUAGCCCAAAACGGAAUGUAUGUUUUUAUGCCUUCGGAC